AUGAACCGUUUCGUGCCUCGCGUUGGCCGUGUGCUCGUGCUCGUCCCACAGGCGCGCCUCUCGUCAUCGUCUUCGGCCCCCCCAUCCUCGACACCCCCCAUGUCUGCCGAUGCCGAACGCGGCAACGCAAAGUCAUCGUCGACGCACGCAUCAUCGACACCCGCGCCGAAAGCCAAACGGAAGACCAUGGCCGAACUCGACGCCGAGCUCCGCCUCAAGAUGGAGGGCAUCUCCGGUGAAGGCGGCGCCGCCGGCGUCGAGUACGAAGACGGCAAGGCCGAAGGCCUCAAGCGCGGCGUCAAGUCCAACAUGUUCCGCGUCAUCUAG